AUGAAAAGUAAUUAAUUUAUCACGAUGCCCGAUGACAAUUAUGAAUCUAUCAUUCAGUGGCAUCCAGAAAUGAUAUUAGUUUCUAAAAAUCCAGUAACAUGGAAAGGAUUUUUAAAUAUUCCGUGCAACUCAGGUCGAAAUAUGCGUGUUAGGUUAAAAUUGGUAGUACAUAAUUAUCCGUCAUUACAUGGUGCAGAAAUCAAUUUUGGUAAAGAAAUUGUAUAUUUUAGAAAUAAAGAAUUUAGUGAAAAGGUAAAAGAAUUAUUGCAUAAUGUAUCUAAAGUAUCAACAUUUUUAAAACAACUACAAUCAUUAAUUAGUAGCUAUAUCAUCAAUAGUUCUCUCAAUGAAAAUAAUGGCUAUGAAGAAAUAAACAAUGAAACAAGGAAAGUCUUAAAAGAAUUGAAAGAUGUACUUGAAGUAUCAUCCGAAAUUAAAGUAUCAUCUGAUAGCAGUUUAAGUAUAAUCAAAUUAUCCUUAAACAAUGUGUCUAUAAGAUUGAAAAGAAUAAGAAAUAGUACAUGUCCAUGGACAAUUGUUUAUUCAGAUUUACCUGAAAUACCUGGUUUUGAAUCUUUUGACAAAAAUAUAUUAACUUUAACUAUAGCCAGAAAUAAAUUUAAAUUACAAAUAGAAAUACUUGAGAAAGCAUGGUCAAAUUUAAAGCAAAUUGAUGAGAAUUGUUGGAUAAUAGACCCAUUGCAACCAAAACCAUGUCAUCUUUAUCGGCGAAUUUACUUAUCCCCAUCUUCAUCAAUGUUCAUUAAAAUAGAUCCUUUAAAUUCUAUGGAUAUACCAGAAAUAAAAUUUAUGGGUAGUGAUACAGAUGUUCAAUCAAAUAUAGAGCUAGUUUCCAAGAAUUUACAUAAUUGGGGACCAAAACAUGAUAUUAUAAAUAAUUUAAAAAUGUUACUAAAUAUAGACAUGUUUCCCAAAAAGGAAGUAAAAGAAGAACCCACAACAGAUUACAACGCUGUUGUUGCCGAUGAAGAAUGUUGUAUUUGUUUUUCAUUAAAAUUAGAGAAUAAUCUACCUGAUAAAAUUUGUAAUAAUGAAAAAUGUAGAAGAUAUUUCCAUACAUCAUGUCUAUUACAGUGGUUACAAGCAGUUGCUGGAAAUCAUGUUGUAUUUGGUCACAUUCAUGGUUCAUGUCCUAAUUGUCAAGAAAGUAUAUCAUGUUAUGUUGGAUAA